AUGCGUAUGCUCGAACAAGAAGAAGAGAAUGAUGAUGCUGCAGAGGUCACUUGGGAGGACCAACAGCGAAUCAACACUUUUUCAAAGUUGAAUACGAGGAUACGGCUAAUUCAAGAGAAACUGGAGGAGCUUAAGCAAGAAAAAGAAGCCCUUGAUGAUCUUUCUACUGAAUUGGAGCUUGCCGACGAGGACGAGCCUGUAUUAUACAAAAUCGGAGAAGCAUUUCUACACAUGCGACAAUCACGAGCUUUAAAGCGCCUUGAACAAGAUCAGGCAUCGGUCGACGCUAAGGUGGCAGUUUUGGCAGGGCAGGCGGACGAGUGCGAGGUUCAGAUGAAAGAGCUAAAGGUCAAGCUAUACUCAAAAUUCGGCAAGGCUAUCAAUCUAGACGAAUGA